AGUGCUGGCUCCCGGCAUGCCAUGCGCACGCACUGACAGCCUUAUAAAUAGUCGCCUUUGCAGGCGGCUGAGGACGGGCAGGGCACGCACUGGCCCUGGUGCCCACCACACCCUCCCCAGAGUACGGACCUAGCUCCCAGAACUCAGCAGGAUGGAAGAGAAGUUGAAGAAAGCCAAGAUCAUCUUUGUAGUGGGCGGACCUGGCUCAGGAAAGGGCACCCAGUGUGAGAAGAUUGUGCAGAAAUAUGGCUACACCCAUCUCUCCACUGGGGACCUGCUACGAGCAGAAGUCAGCUCGGGAUCGGAGAGGGGCAAGAUGUUGUCAUCCAUCAUGGAAAAGGGGCAGCUGGUGCCACUGGAGACGGUGCUGGACAUGCUCAAGGAUGCUAUGUUGGCCAAAGUGGAUUCUUCCAAUGGCUUCUUGAUUGACGGCUACCCAAGGGAAGUGAAGCAGGGGGAGGAGUUCGAACAGCGGAUUGGACAGCCCACACUGCUGCUGUAUGUGGAUGCAGGCGCCGAUACCAUGACCCAACGACUCCUGAAGCGAGGGGAGACCAGUGGCCGUGUGGAUGACAAUGAGGAGACCAUCAAGAAGAGGCUGGAGACCUAUUAUCAGGCCACGGAGCCUGUCAUCUCCUUCUAUGAGAAGCGCGGCAUUGUGCGCAAGGUCAAUGCCGAAGGUGAGGUGGACUCUGUCUUCUCCCAGGUCUGCACCUACCUGGACUCCCUGAAGUAACUGGAGCCCUUGGCCAGCUCCCAGCUUGCCCCACCCUUGCCCCCUGACCCCAGGCAGCCUGGCUCAAGCCCAGCACCUCCACCCUGCUGGGCUGUGCACAGACACAGGAAACCACUUUAUCCUGUUCCAUGGACAUGUGAGCGCACUAAAGGAAUUGCCAAGGACGUUUGGCUCACUCCCUCUUCUUUGCUUCCUAUUGAGGUGAUUCAUGCCGCCACAGCCAAGGCUCCAGCACUGCCUGCCCAUCCUUGCCUGUGCCUCAGCCCAGCUGUCUGCUGGGAUCCUAGGCCCUUCCUGAGCCAAGCCGUGUCAGGCCUAGGGGCCCCUGGGUUGACAGACAGACUGCUCCUGGGCUCUGAAACUCGGCCCUUCCUCAUAGCCUUGCUGAAUGGCUUUGCCUCUAAGCCACCAUCUCUCUGGAGUGAGUUUUACUUUUUCUUGAUUUUUUUUUUCUUUAGACAGCAUCUCAUGUGUCUCAAGCUGGCCUCACACCACUGUGUAACUGAGGGCAACCUUGAUCCUUCUGCUUCCACUUGUCCUGAGUACUGAGAUUUUAGCUGUGGACUGCCUACCACAGGUUUAUGGGCUGCCGGGGAUCUGUCUCAUGGCCUUGUGUAGACUGUGCCAGUGCUCUACAGACGGAGCUACAUUCCCAGUUGAGCAGGUUUUCUAUGCCUGGCUGGGGCAUCGGCUGCAGUGGGCAAAAGACAUGGGCACACCAGGUGGGGCCAUGUGGCUACCAGGUGGCAGGCGCUGUUAAAUGGCCAUACAGCUGGGUAGAAAGUUGAGAUACACAGGGGUGGCCUUCCUGAGGAGGAGACUCAGCCCACCCUGGUAUGGCCCUGCCAGGUCUCACCACCCUUUGAGCUGUUUCCAUUUCUAAAACUGGUUCUGUUAGGAUGUGUCCCAAUCCUUAGCCUCAGUGUUAGGACAAGAAUACACGGAUCAAGGGGUGUGAGUUGUCAUAGACAUGGAUGUGAGAUCAAGCACCAGGCUUGGAACCUGGACAGGACACCCAGGGAUCCCCAGAAGAGCUGGCACCUCUCGUCACCUAGGAAGGCUCUGUUGGUGCUCACUUGUCCUUGACCCAUGACCCCAUCACUAGUGACUUCCCCUCUAGGCCCAGAUAGCCUGUAGCCAGCUGCCCCCGGGGGUGACGGUGCUCAGCCCCUCUGUUUCCUGCCAGUGGGGCUACCUUUCCUUUUGCAUCGUCUAUUUAAGCUGUCCUUUAAAAUAAAUAAAUGUAUUUCAGUUAUAAAA